AAACCCACAGCAUUAUAAUAGCAUUAUAUCAGCUUUCUGUUUGCUCUAUAAUGGCAUUAGAUGCAUUUGUAAAGCUCACAUGCUUUAAAGAUCCUUGAAGCAUGUACGCGUUAUAUCAGCUUUAUAUACGCGUAUAGAGCAAGCGAUAAUGCUAUAUGUCGGCUGUGCAGUUAUGCAUUAUUGAUGCUAAUAUAGAGCUUUAUUGCGUUGUUAAUGCUGUAAUGGAGUUUAAAAGCAACAUUUGUGCAAAUGUAUAGCCAAUAUAGUACAAUGGCCUAAAGCUUAUGGUUACUUGGGAAUGCUACAAAAACUGUACGUCAUCUAGAGAAUGUUUCACUUGGAACAGAAAUGCAGAUUGUUACAUUCAUUAAUGCUUUCGUGCUGUAAGGACAGGCUAUGCCUACAUAGCAUCGCCUCAGAUGCGUGUAAACGAGAAGACCACAUCAGCAGUUGAGUUAAGAAACUAAGGUUGAAAGCAAGCAUUCAUUUGGUGAGAAUGCGCGUUAAAAUUGGUGUUAGAAACCGGUGUGUCAAUUUGGCAAUAUCCAGUCUGCUGAACGCUUGUUCCAGGGCGGCAACUUCUUUAGAAUACUUUUCUGUCUGUAGAUAUCGAUUGAUGACAAUACUCAAUGCUUUCGAGCAAAAAAACUGUAUAAAAGUGUCGGUGCUGAUCGAAUCUGACAUCAUGUCGAACUGCUGUAACAGGUACACCGUUUGGAGCGACUGAGCUUAUCUUUAAAACAAGACACUGCUCCGCAUGUUCAACGGGCCUGAUCUCGAUCGAGGUCUACCUCGCGUAGAUUCAUCUGACGUGGCGGUCUUACUUGCAGUUGAUAAAGUGAUAUACAAAUACCAAAUUCAUCACUAAAAUUUUAUAAAUAUAAUAAUGGGAAACACUUUUUUUAGAGAGUUUUAGUUAGUUGUUGGAAAUUUUUCCUACAAUCGCCGCUUCUUAUUAGCGGUCUGAUAGAGUUCAUCAGCAACUAUCGCACUGACAGGAAUUUUCAUUUUCAAACAUACCAAACCCGCAGCAGGUUCUAUCGCACUAAUGCACAGUGUCGAGUUUAGUGGUUCUAUGUUCCAUAUUCUGAAAGGCUACAAGUCCCCACCAACGAUUAAUAAUCUCAGAUGUUGCAGCUGUGUCUUCCUUCGGCUGAACUAGAGUGCAAUUCGACUUCUACCGAGAUUAUCGAUCGUUUUCUCGGAAAAGUAACAAAUCGAUGUACUGGCGGAGUAUGCUUCAACUGCAGUGAUAUCAUCGCAAGUGGAGUGGAAUUGGGCGGUAGCCAGGAUGUGAGGUGCUUGAAAUUGUGUACACCUUUGUACGACCCAGAUAAUUUUUAUGAUUUUGGGAGCGGAUAUGCUGCACGUCUGCUGUACGGGAAUGUCCACAAGUUAAUUGUUGUAUCCAUACUGCUCUAUAGACAAUUUAAUGUACCAAUCUCAGAGAAUUUCCGGGAAGAUUUGAAAAACUUAAUUUGUUUUGUUGUCAUUUUUUUCCUUCGUAACCAGGGGUUGUUACAGGUUGUUUGAAAAAAGUAACAGAUUAUUCAGUGUUACUAGUUUCAUGCAUUUUCUAACGAUAUGUCAUAUUUGACAGUACCAGUUACCUGAGUCACUGAGGGGUAGUCAUAUUUGUGAUACAGUUUUGGAAUACCAGUGUCUAGUCGUGUCGUUGGUUUAACGUUUUCCUUUCGAUUUAUGAAACAAUAUUAGUAAUUCCUUUAGUAGGAGAAAAGUUAUUAAGGUUCAAAGUGUACGUAACGCAUCCGUUUUGAAAAUUUUAAAAUGACACCCAGUAUAGUAAAGAAAGACGUCAGUCCUACGUCAAAAAUUCCAAACAGUUCACCCGACAUAUGUGAACGCCUAAAGCCACAUGUCCCGAGUGAUGUCCCGGGAAGCAAAUAUAGCUCUGGUUUGCUGACGAGAAAGCGAAGACGCACUCUUGUCUUUUGGUUCAAGAAACCAAACGCCUGGUAUUAUGCAAUAAAAUUGGACUAAAGGCUCAAACAGAAUAGGACCUCAACGUCAGCGUUAAACUGACAGCUGAUUUUGAAACAAAGGAUAUCAAUGCACAUGUUCCCAAUGCUGCGUCGCUUGACGGAUAACGUUGUACUAAAACGCUGACGCAGUUCAAUAUUUUGAAAAAAAAUCAAAUUCAACGCUGCGUUCAAAUUGAAAACAUGCUUAAAGUAGGCGUAUGCUCGAUUUCAGUUCAAAGUAUUUUGCCUAUAAAUUGUGUGUUGGAUUGUGUUCGUUUCAAGAAAAUCGCUUCAAACGACUGUUUGCAACGGCCCUUGCAGUAAAAUAUUGCCAUAGGAAAUCGAGGUCGAUUUGUAGUUUGGUGUUGUUCCGGUCACAAUCUUUCGAACCAACCAGGUCUUCACGAUGGAAAAUUUUGAGAGCAGCCUAAUUGAACAAGUGAAACAAUAUCCCUUGUUGUAUGACAAGGCUUCGCCAGACUUUAAAAAUAGCGUGAGAAAAGAAAAGGCAUGGCAGAUCAUAGCUUUCGAGUUAAGCAUUGAUGGGGAAAGGGCAAAGACCAGAUGGAGGAGCUUGCGUGACAGAUUUGUCAGAGAACGCCGAAAGGUGGAUCAACUGGCCAGAUCUGGUUCGGCGGCAGUUGAAGAUCCACAAUGGUCUUUUUACGAGGAGCUUAAGUUUCUCAAAGCUCAUACGGAAACUCGAGCCACAAGCAGUAAUUACACACCGAGCCAACCAAUUAACGAAGAGGUAGAGGAAAUUGCACACCGAGCCAACCAAUUAGCGAAGAGGUAGAGGAAAUUUCGAAUCUGUACGGAAAUGCCAACGAUGAUAGAGAUUCGCCGUCACCAACUCCACGAAAACGUUGCCGUUCAAAUGUGGACGAAAAGGUGAACACGUUAUUGGAUAAAGUAGAAGAGGAAUGGUCCACUAAAAAAUCUCGCCAUGAGACUUUUGGCAAAUUUAUAGCAGAACGCCUAGAAAUAUUACCGAUCAGCAAGGCUGGGGCUGUCGAAAUGGAAAUAUUAGCCCACGUUAACAAUGAAAUUGAAAUUUACGAAAGCGAGAUGCAAGACCCUUAAAAAUUAAUUUAUUCUUAAAAGAAAAAUUGAAUUACCCUUAUUA